AUGUUUAAGCGAAUAGAAAUUAACAGAGAAAACGAAAACACUAUACCUGCCAAACGGCCAAAAUAUGACAUAAAAAGAGACAGUUUGGUAGGUACUUCUACAAGGAACAAUGAGUCAAGAAAUAAAAAGUCUGGAAAAUCAGAUGAUGUCUGGGGAGAUGAUUUUGCAGAAGAAGAUAUUGAAGAAAUGGACUUUGUGGCAACUCAGGCUUGCUUGCAGGAUGAUGGUUUUAGGAGCCAACUAAUGACAGAUCAGAAACCAUCUACUAGUAAAGCGAUUCCUAAUUUGAAUGCUCAUAAAUCAAAACCUAUAAAUCCAUCAGAGUAUAAUAGUCAAGUGAAAGAAAUAGAGAAUUCACAAGAUAUAAGCACCAUAGUUUCUGUCAAUUACACACAGUUCAAGAAUAAAUUAAUAAAUAAGAAAAUAUAUAAUUCUACAUUUAAUCUGGAUGAACAUCCUAUUACAGAAUCAGAAUACCUAAAGGAAUUGGAAAAGUUGAAAGUUGAAAAUCAGAAAUUGUUAAAUGAUUUUAUAACUAAAGAUGGGGAAGCAGUGUUUUUGCGAAAUCAGCUGCAACAAACACAGUUAAGAGCAGAGAAUGACAGAUUAGAAAAAAAACAGUUUAUUGAAGAACAAGAAAAUCGACAUAGAAUGGAAAUUAAUGCCAUUUGUAAGGAGAAGGAAAAUUUAAAAACGCAACUUGAAUUACAGACGUUUGAGAUAGGAAAUUUAAUGGAACGUUGUAAAUUGUUAGAGAGUGGAAAUGUUAAAUUAGUAGAACCACAUGUAAAUUUUAAUAUUUCUACAAACAGAAGCAAAAUUAAUUCACCAAUGAAUCGAUUUUCCUCUUACAGAAAUACCAAAAUUAAUAUACGAUCCACCGCAAUUAGAGAAAUCUGUGGUUGAUAUUCAAAUUAUAGAAAAAAUUGGAAGGCGAAAUUUGCCGAUUUUACAAGAAGAAGACACAUACAGAAUAUUCGAAAAUCCAGAAUUAGUAAAACCUGUAACAACAGUGAUAGACGAUAAGAAAUUAUCGGUUGAAUUUAUUUUGCCGGAAAUAGCUGCUCUUCAGCGGAAAACGAGUUCAGAACUCGAAGCAGAGAAAACUGUACCAAUAAUAAACAAAUUAGUUUGUACUGCGAGGGAAUUGAUCUUAAAUAUAAUAAUUGUUCUACAAACGAUCUCUCAAGCCAUGAGAAAUGACGACAUUCGAGAUAUGAAUGAUAUUUAUUUUUCUUCCUUGUAUUCGACUUCUGAUUUCAAUGGAAAAUGCAUAUGUUCUGCAAAUGCAUGGCACGAGUGCGAACGUGGUGUCGAAGCUAGAAGAGUGUUUGGCGUGUUGUCGUACGUAGCCGUGGAAUCGACUUACCUCAGCAAGUAUAUCGCAGGAAAGACACGUUUACUUGUAGAAGGAGAUGAAUCUUACAACCAUUACUCGUGCAAAAUGUUUCGUUAUAAUACUUGGUUAGAACAGGGAUGUGAAUUUGAGAUGCUUAAAAUGAUAUUGCAGUUCGUUGUUUUAGUUGGAUCCACGAUGCUUGUCCACUGCAAAUUUUUUUAAUACAACUGGAAAACUAUCAUUUCGAUCUGUUAACCGCAGUAGAUAUUACAAACAUAUUGUUACAAUUUGUGCAGUACAUACUGCAGACAGAUGUUAUUCCUCUGAGAUCUGAAACCUUAAAUUCUUGUAAUUGUUGCAUGAAAUUAUUAAGGUUCACCGUUAAAACGCUGUGCAAAUGUACCGAGGCAAAUUUAACUACGAUUGAGAAUUUUAAUUCGAAUGAUUUUCCUAUGCCAAAGGAAGAUUUUUGUAAUUUAAAUGCCAUUUGUGCCAAACAUUCGUUGUUUAACACAAGGCCAAGUAAAUUGUGCAUACACGAGAUAUAUAAAGACAAGUUCUCAGACGAGAACAGUUGGUCGAUCAUGAAAAGAAGGCAAUCAAAGGUAUUGAGAGAUGGAAUUAGGUUCUUAUCUCACGUAGCCAUAUGUGACCCAGAUAUUAUAAUUCGAUUGUCAGAUAUUGAAGAUUCAUUUCAUUUAUUCAUGAGGAAUUUAAGUGCCUUCAAGAAUUUUGUCUUCCACGAAAACGAACAAGAGGCUAUGAAUCGAAUAAAACAGACAUUUAUUUUGGAUAAAACGCAGCUGCCUGAAAUGGAGCAAUUAGGAGCAGGCAACUCUAAAAAGGAGUUGGAUGUAUUAUCAAAUUUCAAAAGAUCGUUCGUACGACCACUAUCUGCAAGGCCCAAAAAGAAUGAAAAUCAUAACAAAUUUCUAGUCACGAUUAAAUCACUGUUUAACAGGUCUUGAGAAAUCUUAAUAUUAUCUUAAUUGAUACAAUCGAAGACUGAAAGUAUUUGAAUUUCGAAGUCAUUGAUUGUACAUAUUGUUUUAUAGUUUGUAUAAUUUGUAUAAUAUGAUACAUGUUAUUUUAUAAUUUGUAUAUUGUUCUAAAUAUUGCUUUAAAAUAAAAAAAAAACUGCAGUAUCGUGUAAUAUUCUACUACGUACAAGUUUUUUAAUUGGAAGUACUUUACAUGAUAACACAUGUAUACAUAUUAGACAUUUUAAAAUUACUUUUUAUCUUCUAACUUCUAGUUGAUUUAUUAUAAUUUCUUGUACAUUAUUUUAUAAUUUACAUAGAUACUAUUUAUUUACUCAUGUUUUACAAUGCAAAUAAAAUAUAAAUUUUAAUAAAAUAUAAUUUUAUAACGUAUGUAUCCAGACAAUUAUUAUAUUUACCAUUUCAACCAGUUUCUUCCUUUCACGAUCUUUAGAAGAUACUUAAAGGAGAUGAGUAUGAAAGGGGUUGAAUGUGAUGUCGAUGCAAAAAAAAAAAAGAAAAAAAAAA